AUGAUGCUGAACACAUUCAGGGAGCUAAACGAUUACAGCAACUUCCUGCCGAAAAAAAUCAAGGAAAAUGUGAAGAAGGAAAAAUACGAAAUCUUAGGCGAAAUAAGAAAAAUAGUUUCGCUAAAAAAAAACAACUCAUACAAUGUGACGUUGGUGAUCAAGCUGUACAACCUGUAUGAGACUAUCAAUACGACGAAGCACAAGUCCUUUCACUUUUACAUUUUUAUGAUCAAAUAUUUGUGGUUUUCCCUGCACAAUAAGAAUAUAAGCCCCAAUUUGAAGUCCUACAUUUGCCAGAGCAUUUCUGGGAUACUAGACAAUAUUAAGAGCCACAUUUUGGACGACUACUUUUUUGAAUAUGAUAGGGAACUCAUUUGUAAAGAUGGAGAGUCGACUCCUGUGCAAGCGGAAGAUGUGGGUGGCACUUCGCACGAUGUGGGUGGCACUUCGCAUGAUGAGGGGGACGCCUCUGACGUGACGAACAAUUCUUAUGAAGGAAUUAGUGACCACUACUACGAUGAGUAUAAGUACCUACAUGAGGAUCGAAGCGAUGUGGACAGUACCACCAUAAAUGAAAACAAGCCACACAUGUCUGGAGAUAGGUACUACCUAUCUGUUAAUGGAAUUUUCGAAAGGGGGGAAGAAAACAGCAGCUCCUUUUUUAACGAAGAGGUUUUAAUUAACGGGAAGGAUGAAAGCUUUCGCCUGUAUAUUCAAAAGUGCAUAUUUAAUAUUAUUGAUUAUAGGUACCUGUUUAGCUUAUUUUAUGAUUAUCUGAGCAACAAUUCGAGGAAGCAGGAUGAGUAUAGUCACAACGCUUAUAAGAAUUUCAUCACGUCUGUUAUAAACCUUUUGGCAAUGUUGAGGCCCUUCUGCUAUUACAACAUUGAUGUGCAUAAUUUGCUCUUUGAUUUUUCCUUAAAUAAUUUGUUUUCCUGCAAAUAUGAGGAGUACGUGGAUAUGAGGGCCGACUGCCUUCUGGGAUGCGCCCAGGAAGCGGCUCACAACGCUCCCGCGGAUGGCACCCAUGAUGCCAACAACGGAGUGGUACUGGACGACAAUUAUAAGAAGCACAAAGAAGGGGCAGAGUCAAACGGGUUCACCGGAAUGGCGGACGAGUCGACCCUACAACAUGUAGACCUAGCCGCACACCCCAUUGAGAGGCUAGAAAUUUGCACAAGGUACAACACGGUGUUUUUAAACUUUGUAAUGCUAAGUCAGCUGGGCUCAGAUGAUCUAUGCUUUAAGUUAAUAAAGCACGAGAAGGCUCUCCUUCUGUAUAGGAAGUUAAAGCGGUACAACUGGCACAGCAUCAAUUAUGCCUUCGUCAGGAUUAUCUACAAAGGGUUAAAAUAUGCCUAUAUGUAUAACAUCAGUCUGGAGAGGCAAAUGAAGGAGAUAGUGAGACUCCUCUUUUUCUUGUUCCUGUAUUAUAUAAAAUUACCUUGCAAUGUUCAGUUAAGUUCCGCCAAAAAGUACAUUCCGGAUGAUUACAAUUUGCUCAUUAAUGACGAUGACAGUGUGGUGAAAACGGUUUCGAAGACGUUCGUUUUUCUGCUGAAUAGGAUGUAUCGGAAGGGGAGGGCAGCCGGGGGGAACACUCCCGAGGAAGUCAAGCAAAAGGAGGUGGAGGCAAAGGUGAGGGAGAAGCAGUUACUGCAGGGGUUUCUCUCCCUCUUGAAUGACGAAAAUUUUAACAUAGGCACCUUCGAUGAGGUGACAGUUCGUGGCGAAGGCGAAGAAGACGACGGAACAACACAAAAUAGAAGAAGCAUAUCUUCCCUCUUCCACGAUCUGGACACGCACGAAUUCUUUAACGUCAUCACGUGUCUGUUCAUGCCGCAUAUUCAUCCCUCCAGCGUGGGGAAGCACCUGGGGAACAUCAACCUGUUUAUAAACACCUUUCUGUUUUGCUUCAUUAGGAAGUUGAAGAGGGAGAGUUUGUACCUGAAGCGGGAGGACAAAAAGUUCGUUAUCGAAAAGUUCACGCAGCUGGCAGUGCAGGGGAUGUUCCCCAAGAGCAACAAGGGAGUCAGCCUCUUCGAAAAUAUCCUAAAGCACAUAUGCGUGGUGGACAUGAACUGCCUGGACAUUUUCGUAAAGAAAAUGUUAGAAUGCCUCAUCAAUGUGAAUAUCUCAACCCAAAUAUGUAACUGCCUUUUGUCCCUGUGCCUAAUAUUACCGCUGCUGAUUAGGUAUAAGGCGGGGCAUUUGAAAGACCUGCUCUCCGUUAUGAGCAUGGGCAUUGAUAUCUGCGAUGUGUAUAAAAGUUUCACCAUCUUCUCCUUCCUGAGCAUUUUAUUUUCCUACAUUUGCAUCGUCAAAAUUGACAAUGUGGGAGUAGGAAGCGGGGCCGACUUGCAGAUUGCCGUGAGAGAGUACAAAAAAUUUAUGCACAUGGAAGGCAGCCAGGUGUACACUCUGUACUUCCUAAACGAUGAGCAGAUUGAGGAAGUUAUGAAAGAGAGGAAAGAACUUGUGGACUACCUUUGCUAUUGGGUGCAUGAAUUUUUUGAAAAAAUUUUGUACUUUAUAAAAUUUACAAAAAAUGAAAAAAGCAAAGAUACAAAAAAACUGAAUGGGGAAAAGAAAGAAACCAAAGUGGGCAACGAUAUUUACACCGGAUUGAAGACCACACUCAUUUCUCUCUUCAUCCAUUUAGAUCACGACAUUGUGUAUGAGUUAUGUCAAAAAUUUCUGAACAACAUUGAGCAGGAAAACGCCAAGUCACUGUCCAUCAUUCCGCUCGCCUUCGGUCUGGUAAAUAACAAAAAAGUGUACGACACGCUUUUUAACGCGUUUUAUAGGAAGCUCAUCACGAAGAGGAAGAAAAAGAGAGCAGUACCUACGGUGGAGGCGUCCGAUGGAGCGCCCCUCGCACAGCAAGAGGAGGAAUACUUCGCCUACUCCAAAAACGAAUACGCCAAUGACGACACGGUGAAGUGCUACCUACAGUUUUUGUCAAACCUAAUCAGGAGGGCCAAAAAUGAAUACAUCAAUUUGGAGGAUAUUUACAAAUUAAUCGAAAUAUACAUCGUUGAAGAUAACAAUGUUGCCUUUAAGUACAUUUGCAAAAUUAUGUAUAGAUUUUUGGAGAUCAAUUUUUCCCUAUCGGUGAAGGAGUACUCGUGUUUUAAGAUUGAAGAAAAUAUGAGUCCCCAAGAGAAGGUUCGCACUUUGGGCGGGUGGGGCAUCCCUUGGUACAUUCUAAACAAUACGAAAAAGGAGGGGGAAGAGGCACCCCAUAAGACGUCUGAAGAGACACAAGAGGUGCACACCACUUUCAAUGCUGAGGAAGAAGCACCAUCUAAGGGAGAGUGCCCCCAUGGGGGAUUCCCCAAAGGACGAGUGUUCAACGCGGAUGAACUCGUCAAAUGGAAAACCCCAUCAAAGGAAAAUGUAAAAGUGGGGAAGAAAUUCACGUACUUUCUGCUAGACUAUGUGCUCGACCUGAUGAUCCAGUGUGAUGUCCCAGUGACAACCCCCAACUUGGUAAAAUACGUGGAGAAGAGAAAAUUAAGGGAAAAAAAAAUCGAUUGGAAAUUCCCCCUAAACCAUUCCAAUGUGAUCUCCAGAAUUUACAAAAUAAUUAAAUGCAUCGUUAAACCUAUUAGUUGUUUAUACCCAGAUGAAAGGUACAAUUAUAAUACCCUCCUGGCGAAGUGCCACGUGGUGAAUACUAAGCUGUCCUUCUACCUCUACGUGUACAUGUGCGAAAUGGUCGUAACUUUGUCUCUGCACGUUUUGAAGAUACCCAAGCAAAUUUUGAGCAUGGCCAUCUAUGCUAGGUACAACCCUAACGAUGAUAGGCUGGAGCACAAGUCCUCCUUCAGCUCGGUGAACAGCGAAAACAGCGUUAACGAUGCAAACGCGAAGCAAAUCUUGGUGGAUAAGAAUGAGUUGAAAAAAUUAAAAGAGGAGUUUUUCACAAAUAUUAUUAAUAAUAGGGAGAAAACCAUCAAAGCGGAUGCCAAGAUGCAGAGGAAAAUUAUCAAGUGCAUACACUUUCUACUUUUAAAAUGCAACGAAAGUGCCAACACGACUAUGUAUAAUGAAUAUAUUAACAGCGUCCUCUCCUUCACCUAUAAUAUGUACCCCUACAGCUACAAUUAUGAUAUCAUUAAGAGUCAGUACGUUAAUAAUGUGUUCUCUCUGUACAAUGAAAGGCUGAAGCAAAGGAAGAAGAACUACUGCUUUAAGGGCUACCGCGAACAGCUGUGCAAUAUUUUAUUUUUCACCAACUUGUCCGUUUACUCGCAAGUCCGGUCGUAUGCGCAGAGCACCAUGAAGCUUGUUUUGCCCACUUUUAAAAUUAUCAAAAUUCCCUUUCUCAAAAUAUGCUCCUUUUAUCUGAAGAAUUACAUCAAGCUGUACGUCUUGGUCCGCAGCGAGCGCCUGAAGGGGCGGCACGCGGCAAGCGGCGGGAUGAGCGGUAUGAGCGGGGUUACAAAUGGGGUUUCAAAUGGAGUUACAAAUGGGGUUACAAAUGGGGCUGCAAAUGAGGUUACAAAUGGGGUUACAAAUGAUGACACUAAUGGGACCACAAAUGACCCCACUAAUGGCUCCGUGAACGACCCGACGAAUGCCCUUUCGAGCGCCGCCCCGAACGGCCCCGCGGAGAGCGGGAGCCUGAGCAAGCUGAGCAGCCUGAAGAGCCUGGGGGAGCUGAACAACCACGACUACUUCGAGAACAAGUGCAUCAGCUGCUUCAACGGAAUUCUGAUAAACAUAACGAGCAACUCGGGGCUGAUAAAGAAGAUCAGCACGGACGUGCACCUGCUGAAGAAGUACAUCAAAAUUAUCCUAAACAUAUUGAGACUGGAAAUGCAGAAGGAUGAAAUAACCCUGAGGUGCAUGAAGCUAGUGUAUGCCAUCAUUAACAGCAGAUUUAUAAAAAAUCGGGAGGCCAGCUCCGUAAGCGAGGAAAAAAAAAAAAAAAAAACCCUGAACGGAUUAUUUUUAUUUCUAAAGGCGGAGAGCGCAAAGAAGAAUAACGUCUACGCGCAAAUCGUCAUUUUGGCUUUCCUCAUCUGCUACGAAAACUUUGUAAUUCUCAACCACGGCGAAUUCUAUUUUAGCUACCUGCUAGAAAAUUUGAUCAUAAAAAAAAACGUGCAUGUGUAUAACCUAGCCUAUUACGGAUUUAUUAAGUUUUUAAAAUACUUCAACAGAAAUGUUGAUAGGGGUAUCGUGCCUGCCCACGUAAUGAACGUGUUCAGGUGCGCAGAUGUGUAUAACAAUUUUGUGGAGGUAUGCAUAUACAAAAAUUUGAAGAGCAAGAAAAAGAGCAACAGCAUUAAUGCCAUCAUUGUGAACUUAUCGAAGAUACAAAAAUCUUUCAAAGGCUUUGCGCACAUUAGCGAGACACACGUGAAGGAUUUUUUCUACUACCAUGAGUUUUUCAAAUUUCUGGUUAAUCUCCAGAAUGGGUAUGAUGAGUCUGAGGGGGGGGAACCCACACCCGGAGUGGUGCACACAGUGGAGCCGCACAACCAGGUGAAGAAGCAGGACGAGGGGGGAGGAGAAGCCCCACCAGGGGAUGUACCCCAACUGGGUGAUGAACAAACAAAUAGAAGUGAAGCGGAUGUACGCCCCCAUUUUAGCUUUUUCCAGAGGGUUAUCCACAAUUUGAAGGAACUGCAACAAGACGCGCAUGCCGACAAUGAGUAUAAAUCCACGUUCAUUUCGCUAGUCUGCCCUUUGCUGUUUUCCCUGAGAAAGUUAAAAAGGAGGGAAGCGGCAGACGCAAUUUUGGAAAGCAUCAUUUCGUUGCUAGAAAAAGAAAUAGCGAUUGUAAAUAUGGAUGUGUAUGCCAUAUGGAUGUAUUAUUUUCACCUCCUUUUUAUUAACAUAAAGAAGAAGGAUCUGGACAAGUACGAAAAGCUGUUCAAAUUUUGCUUAUGUUUCAAUUUUCAAGAUACAUCGAAUUUAAUUUUUAAAAAGAAAACGCAGCUGCUAAGCAUUAUGCUGAUGUACAGUAUGCACAAGAACAUCCACCUGAUGGAUGACCACCUAAUGGAGUUCCUAAAAUUGAUUGAUAAUGGCAACAUAACGGUUAGGCAAGUGGUGGGGGACCUCCUAGCCUACCUACUCUACGUACUUCAUGACCAUAGAUAUUAUUCCCACUUGAAAUGUAUGUACCUUAGGAUUUUAAUAUAUUUGUAUAAAAGCGCCUGUGAGGUUAUUGAGUACCUUCAGGGUCAGGAGACGCUAUCGAAGCAGUCCAAAUUUAUUUACACCCUGGAGACCCUAGCGUAUAUUACCAUCACAAUUUUUUCGAUUAGAAGCAUGUACGUGCUGAAUAAUGUGAGCAUUCCAUUUUUGAAGAUGUUCAUUUUGUCCUUCCAACUGGUCGACAAUUUUAUCAACGGGAUUAUCAACAAGGCCAUCAACUGUUUCAUGUGCCCCUCGCUUUACCUGUUCGAGUUUGAAAAGAUUAGCCAAACGGAGGGGGUUGGAAAGACGAGCGAAGGCAACACGUGCAUCACAUGCGCCGCAAACCGUAGCUACGAAAUAGCCUCAGCAGAACUACUUAGCAGCUUCGACUCACUGCUGCAAGACAACAUGGGAAAUUUAUUCAUAAAAAAGUUAAGUCACUUGUUAAGCAAAAAUAAUUGGAAGAUUCGCAACUGCGUGUUGCAGUUUUGCUUUUACUUUCAUGCAUACUAUUGCAUAUUUUUUUACAGCCGAAAGGAAAACACCUUCCUCCUGAACGUGUUCAUAUCUUUGCUAGUUGACAAUUACAUUGAGAUUCAAAACUUAUCGCGAGACAUUUUAUCCUCCGUGCUUUGUUUCUACGACAGUCAGACUGUCCAGAGCAUUUCCCAGUACUUCUUAUCCGUGGCGAAUGAGAAAAGCACAUUAUUACCUUCUUCACCACAAAGGGAAAAUCCAGAAACGAGUAAUACCAGCAAGAUGAUAGAGAAGAAAAAAACGGUCGCCAUUUACGCCCUCAUUAGUGUUGUCAAUUCGUUCCCAAAUCAUGUGCCCCAGUGGCUCCCGAACAUUUUGAUCAGCGUGGCCAGGAUGUCAAAUAACAAGGUGCAUAUUAUAAAGAAGGAGAUUGAGAAAUGCAUUCAGAACUUUUUGAGGACCCACAAGGACGAGUGGGAGUACAAAUACAAGUUGGUUUUCACGGAGGACCAGCUCAACAUCUUGGACAUGUACAAGGGCGGCCUGAACUACUUCACCUGA